AUGCCCACUAUUGUGGAAUAUUGUUCCGAACAUAGCGGUUAUAGAUGCGGAUAUUGCAAUAGUGCCGAUACUAAUUUUAGUCAUGGCAUGUGGGCACAUACAAUGACAGUCAAAGAUUAUCAAGAUUUAAUUGAUCGUGGUUGGAGGCGGUCUGGCAAAUAUUGUUAUAAACCUACAAUGGAUAUUACAUGUUGUCCUAUGUAUACAAUAAGGUGCAGAAUACAAGAAUUUAAAGCAACAAAAUCACAAAAGAAGAUAUUGAAACGUUUCAACAAAUUCAUGAUAGGAAACGAGUCUGAAAGUUUAACAAAUAGUGGACGGAAGAUGUCCACAUGUAGUGGUAACACUGAUGAAGAAGAAGCACUAGAAGGAAGGGAAUAUUUUAUGGAGAGUUCAAGAGUGCAUCAGGCUAUUGAUGUCACUAAUAUUAAUCAUGAGCAGCUGCUAAUAAAUGAAAAUGAUCUAAAAAUUGAGUCAACUGCUAGUAUUGGUGAAACAACCCAAACUGAUGUAUCAUAUACUAAACUUGAACAAACUUUAACAAGGAACCAAAACGGACCUGAUUCAUCCAAGCCUCCAUGCAAAAAAGCAAAGCAAUUGAGGAUUGAGAGGAAAUUACAAAAAUUAAAAGAAAAGGGUAUUGAUGUGACCAGUGUGACAAAGCACUGUCAAAACAAGGAGAAGCAAGUGGAAGAUUUCAUAAAUGAGUUACCAAAGGAUGUUAAACAUAAGUUAGAGAUAAAAUUAGUUCGCACUAAUCCACCGAGUCCUGAAUUUGUAGCCACCGCAAAAGAGACACAUGAAGUUUAUGUUAAAUAUCAAACUGUGAUACAUAAUGACAAAUUGGAAAAGUGUACUGAAUCGAAAUUUAGGGAGUUUUUGGUACACAGCCCAUUAAUAGAAGAACACAGUGAAGCAGGCCCAACAUGCGGUUACGGGUCUUUUCACCAGCAGUACUGGUUAGACGGAAGGAUCAUUGCGGUGGGCGUCAUAGACAUACUGCCGAAAUGUGUCUCUUCUGUCUACUUCUUUUAUGACCCAACUUAUAUGAAUUUGACUUUAGGCACUUAUGGAGCUUUAAGGGAGAUUGAAUUUACUAGGUAUUUGAAUAAAAACUCGCCUCAACUCCAGUAUUACUACAUGGGAUAUUAUAUACACUCUUGUAAGAAGAUGAGGUACAAAGGCAACUUCACCCCAUCAGACCUGCUAUGUCCCGAAACCUACAAAUGGUUUCCAUUAUCAGAUUGCAUUCAGAAAUUAGAAGUGUCUCCAUAUUCUAGAUUGGAUCCUGAUAUAGACAGUAUUGACGAGAACCUUCCUAAUGAAAACGAUUUGAAUUAUAUACCUGUUUGGUAUAAAGGUGUUGUUAUGUUGUAUAAAAUCUAUAAGAGAAAGUUGAACAAGAAAAAUGAAGAUUAUAAAGAAUUAAUGGAGUAUGCUCGGUUUGUUGGAAAGACUUCAAUGAAAAGUAUAAUUUUGUUCAGGUCAUAG